AGUUACGGUUUCAGUUUGAGACAAAACGAUAGAUGACAUCUCUUUAAGACAGAACUGAACCUCAGGACUCUGCUAAAUAUGGAAGGAAGAGUCAUGCACCGGACUAUUCCAGAUGUUUUAUGAGGUCUUUUAAGAUCAGGACCAGGCUACAAACUGGACAUCAUGAAGACUGGAGGACUUUUAGUGCUUGUUUUUGCUCUGUUUGUUGACCAAGGUGCGACAUGCAGUGUCUCGAGUCCACAGUGUUAUAAAAACACCACUCAGCCCGAUGAUGAUUUCUUGUGUGAAUGGGAGGACCGAGAUCCUUCUCCAGAUGCUGAUUACACCAUUUUUAUGAAGACUUCAUCUCUGAAUGAAUCCUCAUACGCUAACCAGUUCAAAGCUGGCAAAAAGUUGUCUGUAUUAAUUCCUGUAGAAUAUCUAAUUACUACACGCCUUUUGGACAUAUGGGUGCUCAGGCAAGUGUUUGACGUGACGUGCAGCUCCUCAAACAUCUCUGUGCUCCUGGAUAAUUCAGUUAAAUACAGUCCACCCAAUGUACAGAAAAAGACGAGGUCAGCUGAAAAGCUCAUAUUACGCUGGCCAAGAGUGAACGACCACAAAGGUGCCGUGCAUGAGAUCAGAUGGAAGACGUUUAAUGGUGCAUGGCAAAACGAAACCUUUGAAACUGAGGACGGCAAAAGUAAUGAUGAUUGGAUUUCAUACACAAUGCAGCUGCAGGAGCACACAAGGUACCAGGUCCAAAUCCGACGCAGGGCCAAGCAAAGUCUUCUCUGGAGUGACUGGAGUCACAUCUCAAACAUUCCCACUGAAAUUCAGCAGCCUGUUGUCCACUGGAUAGAAGAAACACACAGAGGAAAACGGGAAAUCAGACUCAAAUGGAAUAAACCACCUACUGAAGCCUCUUUUGGAGGCGUCUCAUACAACCUGACUCUGAUACUGCCUUGCAAAAAGACGAAAAGGCAAAGAAUUAGAAGCAACACUUAUAAAUUCGUAGCUACUGAUUCUGAAGCCAGGGUGACUGUUGUGGCUAUAAACGACGUCAGCAGCUCGCCGUCUCAGGAGAUCAUCAUCCCACCUGUUGAACAUCUCAAAUACUGCCACAAUGAUUCCUAUUCACUACCGAAACACUACUGCUGGGAGUGGUAUCAGCUCGCCGACGGUGAGAACCGGACAUCACAUGUAAGCAUCUCAAGGAAAAAUACACUUGAAGACAUUAAACAAGGUAUGCAGGAAUAUGUGCGUUAUUACUACUUUCUUCACGAUAGACGAAAACAGCAGCAGCACACCAUCAGGGCGUGUCCUGUUUAUUCAACAGAAGGUGCACCGAGUUCACCGCCGAAAAAUGUGACUGUUGUGAAUAUCAGUUAUGAUUCAGCUGUGCUGUGGUGGAGUCCCAUUCCAGUGCAGGACCAGCACGGGUUUCUGAUGUAUUACUUACUAUGGGUUUCAAAAGAAGGACAAACACUUACAGGUCACCAUCAGGUUCCAGCAAACGAAACCAAUUUCCUCCUAAGGAACCUUGAACCAGCUUCCUCUUAUACACUCAAUAUUGCUGGGAAAACUAAAAUCGGAGUAGGUCCCAAUUCCACCAGGACUUUCUUCACGCUCAGCAACUCUUCAUCUGACAUCGAAACUACACCUGGGGAUGAUUUGCUCCCGGGGAUGAGGAUGGAGAUAAUGAUCAUCUUAAUUGUGUGUGGAGUCGUGCUGGUGUGUUCAGUCGCAUUGUCGUUUGCUAUCAGAAGGCUGAGGACCAAGCUGUUCCCAAUAAUCCCGAGUCCCGUGAUCUCGACAGCAGCUAUGCCUCAGAUGGACAAACAGAACAUGAAAAUCAUGACAGAGGAGGUGGACAACGUCAUUCUCUUGUACCGUGAUGAUCAGGUUAAACUCGGCUGCUCUCUGAAACAGAAACACGUCACUUCACUACAAGAGGACAGUCCUGAUAAAGACGAGGAGAAUGAAGACGAAGAGGAUUGUGUUGAUGAUGAUGAAGAUGGAAGCCAUUUAAAAGCCUUUAUCUCUAAUGACAAACCAAGUUUCUUUCCGAAUCCUAAUUAUAAAGGGCAAUUACUUCGCUUUCCCGAGACUCUGGAAAUCACAGACAGAGCGCAGACAGAAAGCUGCGAGGUCAACACACCUUCGUAUACAAACGCCCUGUUUAUCUGAGAAUAGAAGUUUGGACCAUGAAGGGACAUCAGUGCAAUUAUUACACAGUGAAUUCUGGGAGCAUUACUGCAAUAUUGAUCUGUCGCCGGUAAGAACAUCACCAUGUGAUACGCAAUAGGAGAAUGAAUUGAACUCUUUUCCACGCUACAGAAUCUGUCGAAAUGUUCGUGUCUUCUGACACCAAUGGAAAACAAUGCACAAAUAUAUACUGUGUGCAUGUGUGUGUGUGUGUGUGUGUGUGUGUGUGUGUGUGUGUGUGUGUGUGUGUGUGUGUUUAUGUUUAUUACAAUGAUGCCACUUCAUUUGUAGUUUUGUGGAACCCGGUCUCACUUGUAAUUUGCCUUGGAUUCAGACAUCAUCCAGAAAAGGUCUAUAUCUCAAAAUUAAUAUCUGGAAAAUACACAACUUUUCUGGAAUGGUGAAAAUCGUGUACUGAUGAACCGAGUACUGUUUUUUUUUUGAUGUCUCCACACAUCUUCUCCACAGUAGUUGUUGUUUCUUUUCCUCUGUCAUCUAGCUUGUGGAAAUAACCAGGUUCUGAGAAAUGUUCUGAAGACUUCUCAGCAUUAAACUUCAGUUGGUGGUGAUUACUCACUUGAACACCCGGUUGUGGUAAAAGCUAGUGUUUACUGUUCAGUCUGUGAGUAAAACAGCUCGACUUCAAAGGCAAAAACAUUAAGUGCAUUAGAUUAACAUCUGAAUGGGGAAAAAAAAAGAGAAUUAACUACACAAUAACUUAAAUAUACACCUCAGACAACUGAAAGUGACUCAAUUAAAUCACUAUAUCCCGAAUCUCACCACAGAUCAGAUCAGAAUCAACUGUAGUGGUUUAACUCGAGUUUCAAUUGAAGGAAAAAAUAAAUAUAAGAAUCACGUGUUUACUGUUUACUGACUCUACACCAUUGUGCUGUCGAAUUCUCAAAUCUGAUUGGUCAAGGCUUAUAUUUAUAUAUAAUAAAUAUAAAUAUAUUUUUUUAUUAAAACAUUAAAUAAAUAAAAACAGGUCAUUUACAAGAACUUGUUCUGAUAUUCCUUGUUAUAUAACCUUCUGAAUCUCAUUCAAUCUGUAACAUGAGCCUUUUCACUCAAGUGUGACUUUUAUUAAUUGAUCUUUAUCUUUACAGUAUUGUUUAUACUGUAGAUUGAAUAGUUUCAGUACUAAUAGUUUCUUACUGUAAGUACAAAGAAGCAGUUAAUAGCUGAGUUUGUAUUUUGCUGAAACUUAGUUUAGUUCUCUCUCUCUCUCUCUCUCUCUCUCUCUCUCUCUCUCCUCUCCUUCCUUUCUUCCUUUCAUCCAUCCAUCCAUCCAUCCAUCCAUCCAUCCAUCCAUCCAUCCAUCCAUCCAUCCAUUCAUCCAUCCAUUGUGGGAGCUCAGUGGUUAACACACUGGGUUUAUAAUUGGAAGGUUGGGAAUUCAAGCCCUGGUAUUGCCAAUUCGCCACUCUUGGGCCCUUGAGCAAGGCCCUUAACCCUCUGUGCUCCAGGGACGCUGUAUCAUGGCUGACCCUGCGCUCUGACCCCAGGUUUCAAACUAGCUCAGAUAUACGAAGAAAAUAAUUUCACUGUGCUGUAAUGUAUAUGUGAUAAAUAAAGGCUAUUCUAUUCCA